AUGGUACACUUUUGUAUGAUAGACGCGGAAUGUUUCGAAUCUAAAUCCGGAGACUGCAAGAGAGGAGAGGGAUCAAACCCGCUAACCAUUUCACGAUUUCUUCAACCAGCCUGUGAGCCAGCCGCAGAAUUGCACUUGGAACAGCAGAAUAAAUUUUCUUUGAAGGUUUUAAAAUCAGUGUUGUUUUGUUUGUUUUUUUUUGUGUUCUAUUUGCUGAAAAAUCUCUUGGAACGCCAAGGAAUAUAUCCAUGCGAGAGCAGUUCGUUCGCGAAUACUUUCCCCAUCCAUUCUAAGUCGUGUGUCAAUGUCAAUUCACAGUUGUUCAGCCAGUCAGAUGAAAAUGUGUCUCACAAAAAUAUGCUAACAUACGCAACAACAUGGCAACAUACACAACAACAUGGUCAAAUACACAACAACAUGGUCAAAUACACAACCACAUGGUGA